GCCUUGGGCCGGAACGGUGUGCGGAACCGCUGCGCCGCCGGCCGGAGAGUGACGCCGCGCCGAAGCCGCCGAGGCGCGGGGCGAAUCCAGACUCAUCCCGAAUCCCGCUGUUGAGGAACCGGGAAAGCAAGAAGCCUCGGGACUGGAGGGAGGCCCUGACCCCACUGACCUUUACUUUGCACAAGGUUUUAAUUUGUUCUAGUCAACUUCAGCGAUUUUGAGCAAAAAAGAUUUUCCGGCCUGCAGCAUGACUUUGGCUUGAUGUGAAAAGAUUAAGAUUCUAGGCUAACGGGAAGAAACCAUUAGAGAAGGAUACCCCAAGGUCCAUGAGAGGAGAGUGCGUUACUUUAUGCCUUGGUUUGCUAUGGUUUCUCUGUAUAGCCCUGGCUGUCCCGGAACUCCAUAUCCAGUUCUUAAAAAUGAAACUUCACCAAUAUAGUUGUUGCCUUAUGAGUAUCCUUACCGCAGUCCCAUUACUGCUUGCCAAGAAAUUAUGAAUCGAGGAUCACAAGUUCACAUUUUUUUGGGUGCUCCAGUUGCUCCACUGAAAACGACAGUACCACAAGGAACAGCUUCCUUAAGGUCCACUGCCAACGCCUGGGAAAAAGUCAGACUCUUUUAUAAACAGCAUUCCUUGUAUCUGAAGACUGGAAAUCAGGAGUUUAAAAAUCUGGAAGAUUGUCAAGUCCUCGAAGGUCUUGGUCCUCCAGGCCUUCUUAGUGGUCACCUUUUGACGACGCCUGUGAGCAGAUCUGCUCAGGUGGACGAGGACACUAAACAUUGUGCCCCUGAAGCACAGAGUGUAAAAUCCCAGGGUAAUCUGAGUGAUAUGACUAGUGGACAAAUGUGUGCGCUUGAGGACGGAGUUCAGCAGUUACCUGAAGAAGAAAAAUAUCAAAAGCUUCAAUGUAAAAAUAAGAAAAUUAUAGAUGAGCAGUCUAAAAAUCAGUCAGAUCCCUGCGUUUGGAACUUCCAAAAAGAUUUGUUUGGGUUAGACCUUAAGUGUGCAGCUGAACUGGAUCUGGCCUGUCAUACUGAACAGAUGAGUACAGGGACAAAGCCAGAGCCGACAGGACAACAUGAAAGACAGAGUCAGGAGAGCUUUUCCUCUGACACAUGGUAUGAGCCGCAGUCUGAGGGAGCAGUCAGGAAGGCCUCAGACCAGAGACUGUCUACUGACGCUGAAUUUCUCAGUGUAAUGACCUCCAGCCAAUGGGCUUUUCUAGCUCAAGGGAAUGAUAAAGGUCAAGACUGUAUAAAUAAGAGGACUGUAAACAUGGAGGCAGAACCGACAGGAAGUCAAGCAGUCAGACGAACUGAAGGGGAUUUUAGUAAGCCUGGUGGAGAUUUCGAAGAAGAAUCUGAAAAUGAGCAAAGCCAAGUGUAUUCCCUGGAACUUUUUAGUCCUGUUUGUCCUGAUUCAGAAAGCAGUCACAUUCACAUAAACCCUGGAAAAAAUCUUGAAAAUACAAGCUCUCAAGAACUUUUCAGUAAGGCAGAAAACCUGCCAUCAAAUGAGUUGUGUAGCUCCCAUCAAAGUACCGCUAAAAGGAGCUGGUGCUCUAAAGACAAUUCCCAUCAUUCUACAGUUCUUUCUGAAGUCUGUCAGGUGUCCAAGAAGCCAAGGAUGGACUCUAACAUAAGAGAGGCAGCCAAAGCAGUGCCCCAGAGGAUCUUGUCUGAAUUUAAGGACAGUAAAAAAAUAACAUUAAUAAAAAAUUGUGAUUCUAAAAAUCAGAAGUAUAACUGCUUAGUCAUGGUGCUAACCCCAUGUCAUGUGAAGGAAAUAACUAUAAAAUCUGGACCAAAUUCUGGUUCUAAAGUGCCAUUAGCAACGAUUAUAGUUAUUGAUCAGUCAGAAAUUAAGAAGCGGGUUGUUCUGUGGAGGACUGCAGCGUUUGGGGCACUUACAGUGUUUCUUGGCGAUAUAAUUUUACUUACAGAUGUUGUUCUUCAUGAGGAUCAAUGGAUUGGUGAGAUGGUACUCCAGUCAACAUUUACCAGUCAGUUACUACAUCUCGGAAGUUAUUCAUAUGUCCAGCCUGAAAAAUAUUCCAAUGUAAUUGCUAAUGUUAUACUUCAGGACUUAUUGGCAUAUGUGUCUUCAAAACAUUCCUAUCUCAAAGAUCUACCUCCGAGGCAGCCUCAGAAAAUGAACACUAUAGAGUUUGUGGAGUUGGAGCACUUGCAGCCUGAUACAUUAGUCCAUGCAGUACUCAGAGUAGUGGAUGUCACUGUAUUGACAGAGGCAUUAUAUAGCUACAGAGGACAGAAGCAAAGAAAAGUUGUGUUAACAGUGGAACAGGCUCAAGGUCAACACUAUGUGCUUGUAUUAUGGGGUCCUGGGGCAGCCUGGCAUACUCAGCUUCAAAGGAAAAAAGAUUCUAUUUGGGAAUUUAAGUACCUUUUUGUUCAGCGGAACAGCAUACUAGAAAACUUAGAAUUACAUACAACACUGUGGACUUCCUGUGAAUGCCUAUUUGAUGAUGAAACAAGAGCAAUUUCAUUUAAAACAAAAUUUCAAAAAAAUACAUCUUCAUUUGUCAAGAUAUCAGACUUAGCAACUCACCUAGAGGAUAAAUAUUCAGGAGUGGUUCUGAUUAAAGCCAAGGUUUCAGAGUUGGCGUUUGCUGCAGCAGCUCAGAAGAUAGCUUUGGAUGCUCGCAGCACUCUGAAGAGCAUCUUCUCCUCUCUUCCCAGUGUUGUGUAUGCUGGCUGUGCACACUGUGGGUCAGAACUAGAGACAGAUGAGAACAGGAUCUACAGACAGUGUCUGAGCUGCCUGCCGUUUGUUGGGAAAAAAAUGUUCUACAGGCCGGCUUUAAUGACCAUAGUUGAUGGAAGAUAUAGUACUUGUGUCCAUGUUGGGUCAAAGAUGAUGGAGCAGAUUCUUCUCAACAUUUCUCCAGAUUGUCUCAACAGAGUAAUAGUGCCUUCCUCAGAGGUCACCUACGGCAUGGUCGCCUCAGACCUGCUCCACUCCUUGUUGGCUGUCAGUGCUGAACCUUGUGUGCUGAAGAUCCAGAGCCUUUUCGAGUUGGAUGAAAACAGCUACCCACUGCAACAGAAUUUCUCUCUACUAGAUUUCUGCCCUGACUCAUGUAAACUGUGGAGCCCAGGACUUUCUCUAAGGGCAGAGGACACAGGAGGCACUCCUGGAAAGGAGUAAUGAAACAGUCUGCCUUUUGAAGAUGUUUUUAUUUAUUUUUUCAAUUUUUUAUUAGAUAUUUUCUUCAUUUACAUUUCAAAUGCU